UCGCCUUUUGACAGCGUCUAAACAUGCUUUACGAUGAAAAGAGAUGAAUUUCAUCAACUUGAACACUUAAACCGGCGCUCGGCAAGUGAACGUAAACGACGGGGGUAAAAACUGAAGAGUGAUCCCUCGCUUCCACGUCUCUCGAUGAGGACAGAUGUCAAAGUCUUUGUGCUGCUCGCAUCGACCAGCUUUUGCUGGAAGAAAAAAAAAGAGAGGGGGCGGGGGGGAGAAAAAGGGGCAAAAACACAAGAUUUGUAUUUGAAGCGUCCCGUCAGCUUAUCUGCUCUCAACACGCCCAUCCGACCAGGGUGGAAGUGAUGAGGUGUGAAGAUGGAGGUUCCUGAAUAUUUGGACUUGGACGAGAUCGACUUCUCGGACGACGCCGCGUAUUCCGUCUCAUCUCUGAAGAACAUUCCGGAAUUGUCCAGACGGAACGACGCUCAGGCGGAGGAGAGAGCCGCGCCGCCCAUCAACUGGAGUCGCGGCGUGGCGUCCCACGCGGGAAUGCUGGGAAUCAAACCCGCGGGUGCGACCGAGGCGCACAGUAAGUUCCGUCCCGUGAAGCGGGUUUCUCCUCUCAAGCAUCACCCCGAGACCAGAGAGGAGCCUCCGGGCUGGGACGCCAAGGUCCAAGAGCGAGGAGCGGGGGAGGCCAGGCCGGCCGCUAAGGACCACGGACUGCCUUCUAAUGCGGCGGGAGGCAAAAUGGUGGACGCUGCUGGCCCGGGUUUGGCAGGUGCGAACCAGGGGGGCCACCAGGGUGUCCUGGGGGAGCUGGAGCACUACGACUUGGACAUGGACGAGAUCCUGGAUGUGCCGUUCAUCAAGUCGUCCGGCCAGCAGAUGUCGACGCUGCCGAGGGCGCUGGACAAACGGCCGGCGGGCAACGCGGGCGACGCGGGCGCGGCCACGCUGGAGAGACGACAAAGGCAAAACAGGAAGGAGGAUGACGGCGGCAUGAACGCGCCGGCGCAGGUGGACACACGCAUGUGCGUCCCGUCCCCCUUGAAGUGGUCGGACCUGAGGAAGUCCAAGUCCCUGGAUCCGGAGCCGCCGCAGCACCUUCCUCGCUCUCAGUCCUCCGGAGGCUUCCAGCAUCCCCUUCAUCAUCCUCAUCUUCAUCCUCACCAUCAGGAGGCGGCGCUCUCCUCUUCCUCCUCGCUGCUCAGCGGCUCCUCGUCACUCUCUUCCUUCCCCGACGGAGACAAGCUGCUGUCGGCCAGGGUGUAUCCCGAAGCGCAGAGUCACAACCAGGACCAGAGGUCGGGCCCGGAGCCUCCAGCAGGGGGCGCCAGCGCCGUAUUGUUUCCACUGCUGGCCAAGCAGGACGCCGGCAAGCCGUGGAGCCCCGCAGGAGGAGGAGGAGGAGGAGGAAGGGUUGGGGCGGGGGCGGCGGCGGAGGUGGACGAGGAAGUCAAGAAGCAGCACAACAUCAUCAACAUCGUCAGGGAAGGUCAAAUCUCGCUUCUGCCUCACCUGGCCGCCGACAACCUUUCGCUGAUCCGCGACGAGGCGGCCAACAACCUCCUGCACGUGUCGGCGUCGCAGGGCCACGCCGAGUGUCUCCAGCAUCUCACGUCCCUGAUGGGGGAGGACGGGCUGAACGAGCGCAACCGCAUGCAGCUCACGCCCGCCGGCCUCGCCGUCAAGAACGGCCACCUGGAGUGCGUGCGUUGGAUGGUGAGCGAGACGGAGGCCAUCGCCGAGCUGAGCUGCACCAGGGACCACCCCAGCUUGAUCCACUACGCCGCUCGCUACGGACAGGAGAAGGUGUUGCUGUGGCUGCUGCAGUUUAUGCAGGAGCAGGCCAUCUCGCUGGAUGAGGCCGACCACAACGGCAACACGGGCGUGCACGUGGCGGCGCAGUACGGCCAUCUCACCUGCGUUCAGACGCUGGUGGAGUACGGCUCCAACGUGACGGUGUUGAACCAGCAGGGCGAGCGACCUUCGCAGCUGGCCGAGCGUCAAGGUCACAGCCCGUGCGCUCGCUACCUGGUCGUCGUGGAAACGUGCAUGUCCUUAGCGUCGCAGGUGGUCAAGCUGACCAAGCAGCUCACGGAACAAGCAGCUGAGAAGGCAACACUACAGAAACAACUACUCAAACUUGACACCAGCGGUCAUCCGUCCGGCAUGGAGGCGUGGCCCGAGAUGACGCUGAGUGCGGAGGGGACGUCCGCGGAUGGCGAUUGGCUGGUGCGUCAGGAGGCGGGGCCGCGGAAAGACGCCUGCGAUGUCUCGGCGGCGGCGGCGGGGGGUUCGGGCCGGGAGGGCGCCCGUCGAAGCGCCGCCCUGGCGUCGACGGAGAAGCGGGAGCAGAAGCUGGCUCGUUUGAAGCAGAUGAUGCAACGCUCGCUGAGCGAAUCGGAUUCCGACGCCCCUCCCAAACCCGAUAGGCCCACGCACCUGCCCGUCAACGGCGAGGAGCCCGCCUCCAAGCACCUCCACCUGGUCAUGACGAAGCACCUCCCCGCGGCCGACAGGAAGCCCAUAUGCAAGCCGGUCAACGGCGUGGCCUUCGGCCCCUGCGAGGGGGCCGACGACGCGGAUGCCGCCGGCCCCCCCAAGGUCGCGGCCACCAGCCCCAAGAGCGCCCUGAAGUCUCCGUCGUCGCGCAGGAAAACGGCGCACAGCCUCAAGCUCAGGGUCACUUUCAAUGAGCAGCUGCACCAGGAGGCGGAGCCUAGCAGGGUACCGCCCACCACCAAGGAGGCCACGCCUACGGGAAGCUCGGAGGCCAAGAGGCCUUUCGGGGCGCUCAGGUCCAUCAUGGAGACGCUCAGUGGAAACACAAACAACAACAACAACAACAACAACGCGCACAACACGUCACACAACCAGCACAAGAACAAGAACAAAAGCACCAAUGUGUGAACACUCAUUUUAUUUUAUUUUUUUAAUAAUCACACACUUGUUUCAUGACGUCACCUUUUUAAAAACUUUAUUUAAAGCUGCCUGGCAACAUCUAUUGCUGUGACAAUACAAUUCAGGAUGCCAUUUUAAAACAACUUUUUUUUUUUUUUGAAGCAGGCUGUCCUUCAACUUUCCGACAAUACUCUUCACUACUCUUCACUACUUCGUCUUUUUUUUUCAGCACAACUUUAAACAGUAUUUUUUAACCUCAUUUUUUAAAAAAAACAACACACCGUUAUUUAAAUCAGAUGUCACAUGAUCCAUCCCUGUCAACACUUUAUUCCCUUGCGACAUUUGAUUGAACUCCAUUUGAAACGAAGCUGUCAUUUGACCUGUUGCCACGACAACACAUUAUUCCUCACCUCUGCAUUUUUAUAAACAUGACCUGUCUCUAUGGCAACCUUGUUUUCAUGUCACUUUGACGUCACUUAUUUUUAAUUUAAUUUCAACCAGGUCGUUCUGACCACAGUGCCAUUUUGUUUGACAUCUUUCAAUCAACUAUUUCAAGAAAAACACAAGUUAUGUCACUAUAGCAAAAUGUAUUUCCCUUGAUGUCACCCGUUUUGGUAUUUAAAAAUGAAGGUAGGUUGCUGCUUGAUCUGUUGCCAUGGUGACAACACUUUAUUCCCGAUGUCCUCAUUACGUAUAUUUUUGGACACAACUUGAAACGAGGCUGUCGCGACACCUGUCUCCAUCGUGCGCCUCCUUGUGGUCGCCGCACUCACUACAUGAUUUCUCCAAAGCAGCCAGUCCGCUAGGGGGCAGGAGUGAAACCAAGUGAGUGCCGCCGAUGAUAAUGGCUCACCGGAUGUAUGACAAAAUGAAUAGAUGUCACGCAGGUGUUUUGAGGUCAUCAAAAUGAAGCAAAGGAGGUGAAAUGUUGCAGCAAAUGCGAGUGCUUUUUUUAAAUACCAAAAAUACAUUAAAGGUUUAUUUUGAUUUCUCAUGA